CUGCUGAUGGCGGUGGAGGAGCACCGGGUGACGCUGCUGCCGGCGGUGCCGCCGAUGGUGGUGCAGCUGGCGAGGUCGUGCGGCGUGGCGCGAGCCAAUUACGAUCUGCGCUCGCUCAGGGAGGUGAUCUGCUCCGACGCGCCGCUCGGGAGGGACCACAUGGAGCGCUUCGCCGACGCAUACCCCGGCAUAACCCUCUCUCAGUUCUGAAAGAGGUAUAUCAUGGAUUCUUCUCACGACAUUGGUUUGUCGCAAGCGGAGUGGAGCCCGUUCGAAGAGAUGGUUUUGGAGCUUCAAAUCCAGAGGGAACGUCAGAUCGAUGGUUUCGGAUCAGUGCCAAUUUUUCAAGAAAAAGUCCGGAACAAAUACUGUACCAUCAUUAUCAGAUUCUGAAAGAUGACUUGCAGAAAAAAGAAGGUGGCAAUUUCGGUGAUGGAUGUAGUAUGGGUAUGGCACCGGAGCAACACCCACCGAAAGGUCAGAACACCUCUUUUGGAUCAGGACGCCGCGGUCUGGAGAGGAAGAAGGCUAAGCCAUGGACGGAGGGGGAACAUCGGUUAUUUUUACAAGGACUUGCAACUUAUGGGAAGGGAGAUUGGAAGAGCAUAUCUCGACAUGCAGUGGUGACGAGGAUGCCAGUGCAAGUGGCCAGUCAUGCACAGAAGUUCUUUAUCCGCCAAAAAUAAGACAUAGAGCGCAAGAGAAAGAACAUCCACGAUGUCACCAAUCCUUAGAUCUUCUUCUAUGAUGCAUCUCAGAUAAUUUGCCAUUGUGCAGCUGUUUAAUUUCUUCUUUCUUUAGCAGACAUUACAAAGCCUUAGUAGUAAUUA